UUAUUGUAUGUAUGUAGACAGUGAGCAGCCCCUCCUUCGCUGUUUUUCUGUUUGGUUCCACUUGCUUUGUUGUGGCUAGCCCUAGAUCUCACACGCCAAAUAUUUUUUUUUAUUUUUUUAUAAUACAUGCACAACAAAGAAAUACAGAUCCUUUUUUGCCUUUCAAAGAUUUGAAACCAAAUAGAUAGAUACAUAGCAAGUCUCUUUCUUUGCAUCAUUCAGCUUUGUGUUUGUUCUCAUCGAUUCACAAAUAUUGCUUCUGUUGCUCAAAGAUAAGACACUGCGCUUGGGUUAUUGUUCUCAGAGAUUUGGUCAAGGGGUCUACUUUUUUGAUGUUGUUCGGUUGCUGAUGUGUAAUUUCUAGAUGAAGACAUCUCAGGGGUGGCGUUUAGGCGUGAAGGAGAUGCAAAUAUUGUCUGCACCUCGCCAGCGUGCUCAGUUAAAGAAACCGACAUGGAUAAUCGUGUUGGUUUCUUUAGUUAGCUUGUUCCUAAUUUGUGCUUACGUUUACCCCCCUCAAGGUUCUGGUGCUUGUUAUGUUUUCUCAUUGAAUGGCUGCAAGGGGCUUUCUGAUUGGCUUCCACCUGCUCCUGCAAGAGAAUUGACAGAUGAAGAGCUUGCCUCCCAUGUUGUAACUAAUGAAAUUCUGAACACACCCCCAUUCGUACCAGAGAACCCCAAAAUAGCAUUUAUGUUCUUGAUACCUGGUGCAUUGCCAUUUGAAAAGCUCUGGGACAGAUUUUUUCAGGGCUAUGAAGGCAAAUUUUCUGUCUAUGUACAUGCAUCUAAGGACAAACCUGUACAUUUUAGCCGUUACUUCGUCAAUCGGGAAAUCCGUAGUGACAAGGUAGUGUGGGGAAAGAUUUCUAUGGUUGAUGCAGAGAGACGCCUUUUAGCAUAUGCGCUUAAAGAGACUGACAAUCAGCAUUUCGUAUUACUUUCUGACAGUUGUAUACCUUUGCAUGAUUUUGACUAUGUCUACAACUACCUGAUGUAUACAAAUAUCAGUUUUGUAGACUGCUUUGAGGAUCCUGGUCCUCAUGGAAGUGGAAGGUAUUCGGAACAUAUGUUACCUGAAGUUGAAAAGAAGGAUUUUCGAAAGGGUGCACAGUGGUUCACAAUGAAACGACAGCACGCCCUUGCAGUUAUGGCUGAUAGUCUCUACUACAGAAAAUUCAAGGACUACUGCAGGCCAAACAUGGAGGGUAAUCGGAACUGCUAUUCUGAUGAGCACUAUAUACCAACCUUUUUCCAUAUGCUUGAUCCAACUGGAAUUUCGAAUUGGUCAGUAACACAUGUUGAUUGGUCUGAAGGGAAGUGGCACCCAAAAUCAUACGGGCGCAAAGAUAUUACAUAUGGCCUUAUGAGAAACAUAACAUCUAUUUCAGAGAAUGUGCAUGUCACAAGCGAUGCUAGGAAGGAGGUUCAGAUUAAUCCAUGUCUAUGGAACGGAAAUCAACGACCAUGUUACUUGUUCGCAAGAAAAUUCUUACCUGAAGCUCUAGAUAGCUUGUUGCAGCUUUACCCCAAUUAUACAUCGAUUUAAGUGGGUAGAUAACAUCCACACCGAUUCUUUGGUCGAUUCAAUCCGACCCCCCUUCAUCCUCAUUUCUUGUGUAUCUUCCAGUGUUGUAAAGCGCCCCCCUCUUCACAGAAGGAUCGAGUUUGAGUGCUGCCCCCAAAACCAGGCUUAUUUUUUGAGCGCUAGGGCUACUGGCAGACGCAGUUAGGGCGACUGUAUUAAGAGCCGAGGAAUGUUGAAUCAAUUGCCUCGAGUCGUCGUGCUUCCUUUGGGGGUAGGUGAUUUCAUGUUUAGUUUUCUUUUUCUUCUCUUUUUUUCAGUUUUGGGCUAUUUUUGUUAUAUUGAUCUUAGUAUUGGGAUUAAGAAAAUUUUGGGGACUUGUUUAACUGCAGCACUGUAUUGUUGACCUUUGUGUAGAAGUUGCAAAUAUGGCCCAUAUGUUUAAAGAAACUGUCAAAUUUUGAUUUUGGUUAAGUUUUGUAUCAAAUAGAAAUUUCAGAAUCCCAUAAACAUCUUAUAUUUAUAAUUGCAUUUCUUUUCCAUA